CGUCUUCACUUUGUUUCUAGUCUGGUCUGGCGAUAGACUUGCGUGCUUUCUUUUUAUCAGUAUAGACGACGGCAACGACGGGAAUUCCAUCCACCAUGUCCAAAUUCACGAGACUGUAUCUGCGGAUACCUCGGCCGAAGACACUCUUCGGCCUCAUUAGCCUCCAGACUGGCACUGAGUUGAUUUCCUUGGCACUGGUCUUCAACAAAGUCACGGGCGUUUACGGUCUUCUUGCCAUCCUUACCGGAUUCCAGCUCUCCCUUUUCCAGCUUACGACCUACGUAUACUGCAUUGGCGUUCUCGGCCUCCUUAUCUACCUGAUCCCGCAUAUCCGAAAGCAGAGCCCGUUCGAAUGCCUGGCCCUGGCGUGGCUGUAUGUGAUUGAUGCCAUCAUCAACGGCGCCUCUACUGUGGCCUUUGGAAUGGACUGGUACUUUGCCACUGCUACAUCAAACGGAUCCAGCCUGCCUGAUAUGGUUGCUGAGGGCAUGGACGGUCUGCGACGCGAAACUGCCGUGCAUGGCGAUGUCGUGCCCCAGGAGACGGCGGCCAGCAUGCUUCUGAUCACUGGCUUGACCCUGAUCAGAGUCUACUUCAGUCUGGUUGUCAUGAACUUUGCACGACAGGUGCUGCAGAAGUAUAUGCAGCUGAUGAUUCUUGAAGGACCCGGCGUCGACGAUCAUGUGGGUCCGUUUGCUGCGGACCUGCCUGACGGUGAAGGACGAAAGGGUCAGCUCGGUCGACUGAUGGUGUCUUUUGGACGCAACUACUGGAUGGAUUAUUCCGAGGCGAGAGAGUGGGUUGAAGGUGGUACCAGCCGUAAACCCAGCACAGUGGCAACCCUGGCUGGUGAAGUAUAAAGAGAGUCACAGAGUCAGUCACUGAGGUGGAGGGAAGGGGAUGAAAUGAAAUGGAUGGGAAGACACGAUGUGAACGGAGAGACUGGGGUAUGAAAUGACGCGAUCGGAGCCCCGCGAUUCAUCAUCAAGAAGAAAAAUCUCGGCAAGGUUGGGUGUUCACUGUUUUGGGCGGUCACGAGCGUGGCCUUUAUUUAAUACAAUAAUUAAUAGCACUAUUCGGUAUG